AACAACGACAACUGCUCCGGCAGGGACAACAACUACACGUGCUCCAACAACAACGACUGUAGCAACAACUACACCUGCUACAACAACAACAACUGGGGACACAACUACAACUGCGGCAACAAUGACAACUGCUCCAACAACAACAACUACGGCAACAACUACUCUUGCUCAAACAACGACAACAGCAGUAACAACAACAACGAAAGCAGCAACAACUACACCUGCUCCAACAACAACAGCAGCAACAACAACUACUUCUGCUCUGACAACGACAGCAACAAAAACACCUGCUCCAACAACCACGACUGCGGCAACAACAACACCUGCUCCAACAACAACAGCAGCAACAACAACUACACCUGCUCCAACAACAACAAGUGCAGCAACAACUACACCUGCUCCGACAACAACGACAGCAGCAACUGCAGCAACAACAACAACUGCUCAAACAACAACAACAACAGCAGCAACAACAACUACUUCUGCUCUAACAACAACAACUACAGUAGCAACAACUGCACCUACUCCAUCAACGACAUCAACAACACCUGCUGGAACAACGACAACUGCAGCAACGACAACUAUAGCCACAACGAAACCUGCUCCAACAACAACUACAGCAGCAACCACUACAACUGCUCCAACAACAACAAAUACAGCAACAACUACUUCUGCUCUGACAACGACAACGACAUCAACAACAACUACACCUGCUCCAACAACAAUAACUGCAUCAACAACGAUACCUGGUCCGACAACAACAGCAGCAAACAACACCCUAACACCUGCUCCAACAACAACAACUGCUGCAACAACGACACCUGCUCCAACAACAACAACAACUGCAGCAACUCCAACAACAACUGCACUGCGCUCAACAACAACAACAACAGCAGCAACAACUACACCUACUCCGACAACAACAGCAGCAACAACUACACCUGCUCCGACAACAACAACAGCAACAACAACAACAACACCUGCUCCAACAACAACAACACAACAACAACAACAACAACAGCAACAACAAACAACUACACCUGCUCCAACAACGACAGCAGCAACAACUACACCUGCUCCGACAACGACAACUGCGGCAGCAACAACUACACCUGCUCCGACAACGACGUCAACAACAACACCUGCACCAACAACAACGAGAGCAACAACAACAACACCUGCUCCAACAACGACAACAGCAACAAUCACAACGACAACUGCAGCAACAACAACACCACCUGCUCCAACAACGACAACUGCUGCAACAACAACACCUGCCUGCUCAACAACAACGACUGCUGCAGCAACAACUACACCUGCUCCAACAACGACAACAACAGCAGCAACAACAACACCUGCUCCAACAACAACAGCAGCAACAACAACAACACCUGCUCCAACAACAACAACAGCAACAACAACUACACCUGCUCCAACAACGACAACUGCAUCAACAACAACAACAACAACACCAACAACUCCAACAACAACUACACCUGCUCCAACAACAACAGCAACAACAACUACACCUGCGCCGACAACAACAGCAGAAACAACAACUACACCUGCUCCAACAUCAACGACAGCAGCAACAACUACACCUGCUCCGACAACAACAACAACAGCAGCAACAACUACACCUCAAACAACAACAACAACACCUACUCCAACAACAACAGCUAGUGCAACUACACCUGCUCCAACAACAACAGCAACAACAACACUACACCUGCUCCAACAACAACAACAAACAACAACUACCAACAACAACAACAACAACAACACCUGCUCCAACAACAACAACUGCAACAACAACAACACCUGCUCCAACAACACACAGCAACAACAACAACAACACCACUGCUCCAACAACAACAAUUACAGCAACAACAACACCUGCUCCAACAACAACAACAGCAAACAACAACUACACCUGCUCCAACAACAACAACACAACAACAACAACAACAACUGCUCCAACAACAACAACAACAACAACAACAACAACAACAACAACAACAAACUCAACAACAACUACACCUGCUCCAACAACAACAGCAACAACAACUACACCUGCUCCAACAACGACAACCGCUGCAACAACAACACCUAAUCCAACAACGACUGCGCAACAACUACACCUGCUCCAACAACUACACCUGCUGGCAACAACAACACCUGCUCCAACAACAACAACAACAGCAACAACAACUACACCUGCUCCAA